AUGUCAGCAUCGGUAUUCAGUUGGUGGGCAACAAAGAAAAGUUGGGUGCAGUCGACUCCUAAAUAUGAGAACAGAUUAAAGGAAUUCUCCGUGACUGCAUCCAAUGAGAAGUGCUCAAAUGAUGUCGGGGGCUUCGUCGUAAUCGCGUUGGUCGAAGGUUGA